AUGUCUACAUACGCUGCCCAGAUGAUUUGUCCUUGCUGUUCCGACACAACCGGAACAGGUCAGACGUGCAAGGAGUGUGGGCAGCUAUGCUGCACCAGUUGCUCUCAAGAACCGAGUGAGCGCGUUUCGCUGUUCACAGCACCGUUCGUGCUUUGCUCGCGGUGUUUCCGCCAAAGGUCGGAAACGGAAGAAACCAACAAAUGUGAACUACACCCAGACCGCAGUCCGAAUCUGUAUUGUCUCACAUGCGAAAAACUGAUAUGUUGCGACUGUUUCAUAAUGCAGGCCGAUCACAAGCGGCAUACGAUCGACAGUGUGGAAAUAGUAUAUCGUCAGAAGCUGUUAGAAACGGUGGAAAAAUUUCGAGAGAUUCCAAAACAAUUAAAGCUGAUCGAUAGGAGCGUGGUCCGACAAGUAGACGAAAAUUUGAAAAUGAUUGAAGAAGUGGAGCAGCAGCUUCUGACGGAUGUACACCGGCUUGUCCAGCAGCAGACAUCGAUUAUACUGGCCCAAACCGAACAAAAAAAGCGAACACUUCUUCAUACUAAGGAAGUUCUCGAUCGAACAGAUUUACAGCAACGAAAGAUUUUGGAAGAAAUCAAAGGGUUGAACACUAACGAGUUUUUACAUAUUCAAGAAUCUUUGAAUAGAAGAUGUGAUAUGAUUUUGAAGGAUGUGGGGCAGUUGCGCGUAGAACCGAUCCGUUGGGAUGAUAUUCAAUGUGAUCUUAUUCCAGCUUGUAAGUUGCAAACAAUAGUCCUAAAUAUCCCGGGAGAUCUCGUUUUGGAGGGCAAACCAGUUUUGAUUCAGUUAAUGGAUGAUUAUGUAAUCCAGUGGACCGUGACCUUCUACCUAAAUCCAUCAACGAUUGGAUUGGAGAUGUAUCCCAAUCAGGUGUUGGACGAGUUUCCGUUUAGAACCUUCGUGGAAAUUUCCCAUCCGACGACAAUGAAAAUAACCGGUGCAAGCUUUAGCUUCCGCGAGUCGAUGGAUCGCAGUGAACUAGUUUCGAUAGACAAGCUUAAGGCUGGUGGAUAUUUGUCAGACGAAGGAGACUUGAAGCUACGAAUCGGAGUCCGUCCUGAGAAUAUCACAGAUGAGAAUCGUUUAGUUAAAAUGUUUUUACUCGAGCAACGCAAACGAAAUGAUCGUUUGACGGUGGAGGUAGCUGUACUCAAGGAUCAGUAUGUCACCCUACAAGCGGAUAGUUCCCGUGUCAGAUCCGAUUCAAAUCUAGCGAAGGAAUCGUACGAAACAUUGAUAUUAAACUUAAAGAAAGAGAUUGCAAAGUUAAAGCAGGCCGCCGAAAAAUGUCCGACCACUCCGAGCAGUCUUGAUAGUAUCUCGUUCGCACCAACGGACGAUGCCAAGCAGAAACUGACGCUGGAUAUGAAACGUCUGCAAGCCAAACUUGAGACAAUGAAGAUAGCGAUGAAAUCGAUGAAUCCUUUUGCUAUCGGAAGUUUUGAGAUAUACCGUUGGUCUAGAGAGACGAAAUUCUAUUCACCGCACAUCACGUCGUACAACGGAAUUACGGUUUACGUGAUCGUGCAGCCCAAUUUCGCCAACAACAGCAAUCCGGCGGUUAACGCCUACAUCUGUUGGGCGAAAGGGCCAAAGAAGAGGUGUGAAGUGUUCAUCGAAGUGAUCAACGAGUACGAGGAGGAUUGUGUCCGGGAGGAUCGUGUAUUUGACUUUUCCAAAGGAACAAGCUUCUCGUGGCAGAGUGUGAUCACACAUUAUAAACUAUUUCGCGAGGGAGGUUUUCUUGAGGAUGAUAACCUGACGAUUCAAUUUGGCUUGAGACCACUGUUGGAGUGAAUUAUUUUUUUGCGGAAAA